GGAGAUGCACAGAUCAUUAGGGAGCUGAGCAGGCACACCGAUCGCAUUGGGACCCUAAUUAAAUUGAAAGAGAACUACCUCUUACCACUAUCAGCCUUUGUGGAGAACACAGGCACCUUGAGCAGAUACAAGGACUCAUAAAAACUUCACUUCAUAGACAUGGGUCUGCUGCGUGUGGAAGAGCUGGUCACUGGGAAGAGAGGCGAGGGCAAGGGGACGGAAGACGCCUGUGCAGAGCUGUUUGCUGCAGGAGAAUAUGAGACCACCAUCAUUCAGGAGAAGCAGGAUGGCCACCAGGACCUGAAUUCCACCACCCAGAAUGACUUUAAACAGAGUGAACGCAACAUCAAACUCAAUGUUGACCGGUCAGGGCAGCUAAAGCUAGAAACAGUUGAAGAUCUCUUCAACAUUCUACAGCUGAAGAAGAGAAGGAAGGAAAGGAAGAUUGCAGAGCUAAAGAAACAACCAGAGCCUGACAUCCUGCCUGAGACUGUGGACCAGGUUUUGUUUCUAAAAGCUGUCACAGAGAACAAACUUGCUGUGGUUGAAAAAUAUUUGUCAGACGGUGGAGAUCCCAAUGCCUGUGAUGAUUUUAAACGCUCAGCUCUGCAUAAAGCCAGUGCACAAGGUCACACAGAGAUCAUGAAGAAGCUCCUGGAGAGUGGCGCAUCCAUGGAGCAAAAAGACAAGCUGAAUGCCACAGCUGUGCACUGGGCAUGCAGAGGUGGAAGCCUGCUAGCCCUGGAACUGCUACUCAACGAAGGAGCCAAAUUCAACUCCAGAGACAAGCUAAGCAGCACUCCUCUUCAUGUUGCGGUUCGAACAGGACAUUAUGAGUGUGCCGAGCAUCUCAUUCACUGUGGAGCUGACGUAAAUGCUAAAGACAGGGAUGGAGACACACCCAUGCACGAUGCAGUAAGGAUCAAUAGAUUUAAAAUGAUAAGACUGCUGAUGAUGUAUGGAGCUAGUCUCAAUGCCAAAAACAAUGACGGAAAGACACCAAUGGAGACACUGCUUUCAUGGCAAAAAGGAGUGAAAAACAUUCUAAAUAACUUUAAUGAGAAGGCAGCUCCAAAGCCAAAUGAACAACUUUUUAACAUCCGCCCUGCUGAACAAGUGUUAUAAAAUGUUCUUUCUUUCUUUCUUUCUUUCUUGUUAAAGAUUAAAGACUGAACAGUGUUUUGCAAUGGAAGAUAAUCGCAAUGAUGACGCUAAUUGCUGGCAAUAGAGCGACUGACAUAUUGAUGAUAUUUGUAAAUAUUGCUUUCCCUGUUAUUGAGAUUAUGAGAGAAUGGAAUACUCAACAAUUAACACAAGAACAUUUGUCAAUAGUGGUUGUGUAUUGAAUCAGUGUAUUUAUUAAACAUUAUUUUAGUUGACUUUAUAACUUAAGUGAUUGCAUUUGAAUGCCCAUGGCUGUGUUUAGCUGUUACAGAUGUCUAGACAUAUUGGAACUAUGUGUUCAGAUCAGAAAUGGAACAGAAUGUGAACAGAAUGUGAAUGCGGGUCUGAGAAUGUUUGAGAAGUUUAUUAUGACUGAUAUUAUUAUUUUAAUUGUUUUGUAUUAAUGGACUGGAAUUGAGAAGUCUUUGAAACCGGGUACAUGGACAUCACUUAAUGAAUGUGCAUUGGUAAAAUCUAUUUUGUACUUUUAUUUCUCCUUUUGAGCAUGUUAAAGUAAUUUUGAUUCAUUUGAAUUCAUACCUGAAUAAAGUAUAAGAGAAUAAGUGUGUGUGGUAUGUAAAGUAG